AUGGCGAUGAUGAUGACUGGCCGUGUGCUGCUGGUGUGUGCCCUCUGCGUGCUGUGGUGCGGUGCCGGCGUUGUUGUGACUGAUGGAACUGGAAUGGAUGCACAAGCCAGUGUGGCGCAACCUGGUCCUAGUGAGCCACAGAUAACAGCUGGCGGAAAUGGAGAAAAUGAAGGAGAAAAAGAUGUUACAAAAAAUGAGGAACACAAACUAUCAAAACAAGAGAAAGAUGACGUUGAAAAGAAAAACCAAGAGCAAAUCUUACCAGAAGAACACGAUCAAGCACUAACAAAUAAAGCAGCACAAAAACCCGCAGGGGAGCCAUUGGAAGAAGUGAAAAUCGAUGUUGAUUCUGAAGUUGAAGAAGAAAUAAGUCUUGUGGAUGGUGGGACUCCAAAAGAAGAUGAAAAAGAACUGGGCCAAGAAGCAGUAGAAGUUGUACUUGGCAAAGAUGAUUCACCGGUGAAUUUAACUGUCAGCCGUCAGGAAACAUCAGGCAUACAUGCAGAGGACCCUGAGGGAAAAAGCGAACAAGAGGGUGAAAAAGAAGGGGAACAACACGUUCAACACCAAGAAGAAAAUAAAGGAAAAAAACAAGACAAGGAAAAUACAGAAGAAAAUGAACAAAUGCUACAGCAACAGGAUCAAGGACUAGAACAUACAGCAGACAAACAAAAAGGAUCCAAAAAAGAUGAAAAAGCUGUUGGCACAGCCGACACAGCACGUACAGACGACAGCGAUAGCAGCACCGCGGCCUCCCACACCACCUCCCCUCUUUUGCUUCUUCUUGUUGUUGCGUGUGCGGCUGCGGCUGCGGUGGUGGCCGCGUGA